AUGUCCCUCGCAACUCUCGAUAACUCGCGUCAGACAUCGCAACACCCCUCCCUCCCUACCGCAUCCAUAACCCUCUUCAACGCUAAAGCCAGCAAAAAGCUCACCUUUGAGCAAAUUGGCCACCAUCUCAACCGCUCCGAAGUAGCCGCCGCCGCCAUCUUCUACGGUCAGGCCAAAGCCUCUUCCGAAGACAUCCACAACCUGUCCUCUCUCCUUGAGAUCCCAAAACCGUUGCUUGAAGAACAGCUGGGUGGCUUUCCGGACCGGGGUAGAUCCGUGGAGAUGCCACCCCGGGAGCCGUUGAUCUAUCGAUUGUAUGAGAUCGUGCAGAACUAUGGGUAUGCGUAUAAGGCGGUUUUGAAUGAGAAGUUUGGGGAUGGAAUUAUGAGUGCAGUUUCGUUUUCGACGAAGGUGGAGAAGGAGACGGAUGAGGGGGGAAAUGAUUGGGCUGUUAUUACGUUGAGGGGGAAGUGGUUGCCAUUCUCGAGAUUCUAA